AUGUCCAGCACACCAGGUAGCGCUACAUCCCUCCUUCACGGCUACCUCGAUCCCACCCACGUCUCGAGCCUCUACGCACACUGGAUCCAUCGACCGACGCCGUGGCCAUGGGUCCUCGGGAGCGUCGCAUUGUCCAUCAUACUUGGUUUCCUGGGAGUCCAAGCCUCAUACAAGUCCUGGGAGCCGAAGCAUCAACGCGGUGCUAAUAUCGAUCAUAUCCUCCUUCACCCCUACCCACACGAUCCCAAAGCCUAUUAUCCCCUGCACCAACGGAAUCCGAGCGACGCCAGCGCGGUCUCGUUCUCCUCAUACGGCGAAACCAACAGAUACGGCGGCCUCGGGCGGUUUGCCCUGGUAACAUCGAUCAUCGGCAUAGGAUGGUCAACCGUCCGUGCCAUCGCAUUGGUGGUGAUCCUGAUCGCUAUCACAAGAGGCGACACACGCCACACAUACCCCGGCGUGAUCAGCGUGGUCAUCAUGUUCACCUCGGUGCAAACGUACCUGGGCAGCCGCGCGAUGCCACGCAUCCUGUACCUGCUGAUCCUCGUCGACCUGUGCGUCAUCUACGCGUGCAUCAUCCUGGCGCUGCUCUCCUUCGUCAAGCACAAGGAGACGUCGUACCAAGAAUUCACAGUCCAAGGCGGCACCUGCCCAUGCCUCCUCGGCUUCAAGACUGGCCGCAACAUGCGAUCGUGCGCGGCGUUCGCGGACAAUCUCCCCGACCUUGUCGGCUGCGACGCCACCUUCGAACCAUACGGCCCCAACCACACAAUGACCUACCCAAAGUCAUGUCUCCUGUCCGACAGGAACCAAGACCCAGACCUCGACCCCAACCUCAUGACAUACAUGGUGUUGGCAGAGAUCAUUGUUGGGGGAGUCGGCCUACUGUACGGCCUGAUCGUCCUGCUCUUCGCCUCGCGCUGGAUCCCCGACGCAAUCAGGCACCCGUCACAACUCCUGCACGCGCUGACGCUCAAGGACGCCAAAACGCACGGCCGCGACCGCGAGUACGCUAGCCUCUCCCUCCCGGAGAAGCUCAAGACGCACAAACUGCCGGGCCGGGCCAUCGGCAUGACGGUCCUGGCGUUCAUCGCGCUGUUGAUGUUCGCGGCCGUGACCAUCGUGGUGCACGUGCUCGAUGAAACAAGGCCCAUCCGCCUCUUCUACAGGGAUUCGGCGGGCGUGCUGGACGUUCCCGUCCCAGGCACGGCCGCCGCGGUGGGGGGAGCCAGUUGGAGUGACUGUUUCGUCGUGGACACGCCGUUCUCGGGGGAUGGCAAUUUCAGGGAGUGGUGGGAGUUCAGACAGAGUCGCAUUCUCCGGGCCAUGGCUCUGGCGUAG